CUAGAGUUGGCCAAUUAGAUCGUGAUUUCUUUAAAAAGGUGCAACGGAAUGACAGCUAUCCGAUUAUUGGAAUAAGUAAUGAUGAAAUUCAAAAUGUUUUUAACUUUCAAGACACUCAUAUAGAUAUCGAAAGCAUUCCAAUAAAUUACAAUUCAAUUGAAGACUAUGAAAAUGACUUCGUACUUAGCAGCGAUGAUGAUAAAGAAAAUUCCGAUGAAGAGGUCUUAAAUCACCUGUGCAAUGUGCUUGAAGAG